AUGUCCGCCCCAAUGGGCAAAAAGGCACAUAUCGACUAUGCACCCACCACCGACCGCCUGCGCCGAAGCCUCUCAGCCCGUCAAGUCCAAAUGAUAGCAAUCGGAGGCACAAUCGGCACCGGCCUCUUCCUCGGCACUGGAAAGUCCCUCGCAACCGGUGGUCCAGCAUCCCUCCUCAUCGCCUACCUGAUCGUCGGUGGCAUUGUAUUCCUCACCAUGCUCUCUCUGGGCGAAAUGGCCGCUUUCAUCCCCGUCGCAGGCAGUUUCUGCACUUUUGCAGGCAGAUUUGUGGAUGAUGCGUUUGGCUUUGCACUUACCUGGAACUAUUGGUUCAACGAUGCUGUGAGCGUGGCUACGGACUUGGUCGCAUUGCAGAUAUUGCUGCAGUACUGGACGGAUAAUUUCCCUGGCUGGGCGAUUAGUUUGAUCUUUUGGGUUGUGCUGAUUGCUGCUAAUAUCGUUACGGUUGCUGUUUAUGGAGAGCUCGAGUAUUGGCUCAGUUUGCUGAAAGUCGUUACCAUCAUCAUCUUCAUGAUUCUAGGUAUCGUGGUGAACUGCGGCGGCAACACGGAUCAUCACUACAUCGGCGGAGAGAAUUGGCGGAUCCCUGGAGCACCUUUCCACGACGGCAUCGGGGGUUUUGCGUCUGUCUUUGUCACAGCCGCUUUUGCAUAUGGUGGAACGGAGUCCAUCGCCAUCACCGCCGGCGAGACCAAAAAUCCCGCCAAAAACCUCCCUCGUGUCGUCAAGAAUGUCUUCUGGCGCAUACUGAUUUUCUUCAUUAUAUCAGUCAUCCUCAUUGGCCUUGACAUUCCAUACAAUUACCCUCGGCUGAGCUCAAAGACAGUAGCCACCUCGCCUUUCACACUGGUAUUCAAGAAGACCGGUGCAGCGGGUGCUGGAAGCUUCAUGAAUGCUGUAAUCAUGACCAGCGUAUUAUCCGCUGGCAAUCACGCACUCUUUGCCGGAGCACGCCUACUCUACAGUCUGGCCGCGCAGGGCCACGCACCAAAAGUGUUCGCUCGCUUAAACAGAAAACAAGUCCCUUGGAUCGCAGUCCUCACCACCAGCAUCGUCAGUGUGGUCUGUUUUGGCUCUAGCUACAUCGGUGCCGGUCAACUCUGGAACUGGCUACAAAACCUCGUCGGCGUCUCCAACAUGCUCUGCUGGACCGCCAUCGGCAUAACCUCCGUCCGCUUCCGCGCCGCCAUGGAAGCACAACACAAAACCCACCUCCUGCCCUUCAAAAACUGGACGUAUCCCUACGGACCCUGGCUGUGCAUUGUUCUGAACAUCAUUCUCAUUCUCGUACAAGGAUGGAGUUGCUUCAGUCCAGAGUUUGACGCAGUGAGUUUUGUGAGUUAUUAUGUAGAGUUGCCGUUGAUGCUUGUCAUGUACGUUGGCUGGAAGGUGUGGAAGAAGACUAAAGUGGUGAAGCUUGAGAGGAUGGAUUUGGAGACUGAUACGCAGAGUGUUGAUGAGGUUGUUCUGCAAAAAUUCAGAAACCAAAUCGGAGGCAAGGCGUGA